AUGGAACACAAGCGCAAACAUCGCGGACAGCGACACGAACGACAUCCCCUUGCAAACACCACCAGUCGCGGAAACAAUCACGGCUCAAGGAAACGACCAGCCGUAGACGCACACUCUCCACCCGCCAAGAAGACGGCUACGACAUCCAAUCGCUCGCCUCAUCACCAAAGCUCUUCAAAGCAUCAACACCUUUCAAGCUCUCGACAUUCGUCCAACAUCCUAAAAGGCUUGUUCCAAGCCGGGAACUCUGGCGGUCCAGAUAUCGCCAUCGAUCUCACCAUGUCGGACUCAGAGUCAGAGGCGGAGUCAGACCUCUUCCACGACCUCCUCUUCGAUGGAGCUUUCGAGGACACACCCACCUCGUCACAAGGCAUUGAUGGCUCUUCGCCUGCAUCGACAAGUAACUCAGGUCCCAACAUCAUCAAAUCCAGGAAGGUACAAUCGCAUUCGGCGGCCACUCGUACCAGCACCACCAGUAACGCAGCAGAAGGCUCCCCAGCCUGGGCCCUCUUCAGCUUUGAAUGCGAAGACGAAGGCGAUCCCGGCCGAGUAUUGCUACCGAAGCAUGACUCCGCAACACGAUCCGAGCAGCCAACAAGCAUCCAAACGAAGCACAGCAAACCCGCCUACGAGUUGCAAGGAGAUGGUUCGGAGACCGUUGCGAGCACGUCGAGCAGCGAUUCUGAUGAUUGCAUCCCAGCAUUGACCCCGCGGACCGGAGUUGUCGCUCCUUUGAAUGUGGUGGAGACCCACAUGCGCGUGGGCGUAAUGCAAGCUCAGAUGGAUGGGAGGAAAGCUGUACCUUGGGGAGUACAAUACUACCUCGCCUGUCUUGUCUCCUUCGGCCUCUUCAGCCUGGACGAGCUUUCAUUGACGAAAGGAGUCAAUGCACUACGGUCCCCUCUGAACGCCACCUCCAUCAUUGCACUCUUCGAACCCACUAACCAACAGAUCCUCUGGGAGGCUUGCAAGGAAAAGGGUCAAGCUCCUGUCAUGGCAAGGCGAGCCACCGACUGGGAGCGCCAAGUCCACGCUGAGCUCGACCGUGAGGCCCAAAUCUUGGCCGAAUCCCGCUUCAACGGCGUCAUCGGACCACCAGGGGAGGAGAUGAGAUCGUUCGGCGGCCGUGUCCUCUUUGAAGGUCGCAUUGCAUGUAUCAAGAACGAGGGGCCUCCCAAAAUUGGAAAGCAUCGCAAACACCGCGAUUUCGAAGUUCAGCUGCUUCCACCAAAGAUGGGUGGCAGCUGUCGCUUUUCUAGACGUUUCGGCAGCGUCAGUAUCCUGCGCUUGAAGAUGGAGCCCAGCAUGGCGAAGGAUGCUCGUCGCUUCGCAGUUCACCCUAAGACUCGCGAUAUCCAGCAAGAGAUCUCUGAUUUCUUCGCACGCCCCUUGCUGAUCAUGGGUCGCAAGUAUCGUCCUUUCAUCUGCAAGGACGAGACAAUCUUCUAUCUCUGGAUCGAAUCUCCCAAGAAUUGUCCAGAACAGCCAGAGUUUGACUGCAUUUGGGAUUUCAUCGACCACCAUCAACCUUUCGCAGAGAACGGUCGAUCGCCUCUCGGCAAAUACAUUCAACGAGUGCAGCUCGGUCUCUCGACUUCGGUCCCCGCCUCGGUGAUAGACAAGAUCACGUAUGAGCCGGAUGUCUUUGGUGAUCCAGAUCCAGUUACUGGCAAGCGCGUCGAGAUGACCGACGGUGCAGGUGUUGUCUCGCUUGCCGUUGCCAAGGAUAUCGCCGAACACCUAGGGUACGAGUCAGUCCCUUGCGCCUUCCAAGGACGAGUAGCAGGCUCAAAAGGCGUCUGGUAUAUCGAGCCUCGCCCCGAACGCUCAUUGCCCGGCGAGAAGCCGACUCGCUGGAUCAGGGUGCGCGACUCUCAGAAGAAGAUCAACUAUGCGGACGACAAGCCGUUGGAUCCAAGCCAACUCGUCAUCGAUCUGUUGGGACCCUCGCGCACGUUUGCUCCCUCCACGCUCUCCAAACAAAUCAUCAUGGUCAUACAGGCGAAUGGCGUUCCAACAAGUACGUUCGAAGGUAUGCAGGAGGCUGAAUUGAGAGCCAUUAUCGACGAGAUCUCGAACUGGGAUGGCCCGGAUGCCACCGUCUGCAUGCGGCUUGCUACGGUCGUCGAAAAGUACUGCAAAACCGAAUCGAUGAAGGCGAAGCGAAGCACCGAGUCCGCCGAGCAUCGUGCGCAGGGGAUGAGCGACUUGAAAGGCAAAGGUAACGAUGGAAGCAGCAGCUUUGGCGACGACGAUCGUGACAUCUUUCACGGUCAGAAUGGCAGGCACCUGUGGAACGGGAUGCCGUUGUGCAAGAACGAGCGUGCCUACGAGAUGCUGCUUGUCGGCUUCCACCCAAAGUCGUGUCCAUAUCUUGCCGAACUACUGGUUGAGAUCGCAGACAACGCCAUGAAGAGGAUUAUCAAGCGCUUUACAAUCCCCGUUCCCCGCAGCGCUGAAGCUAUGGUAAUGCCGGAUCCGACCGGCACGCUGGAGGAAGGCGAGAUCCAAUUUCGCUUCAGUGGAGAUCGGCUCCUUGAUCCCGAGACGAGAUUGAAGCUGAACCAUGUUCCAGAAGGCGAUGUCCUGGUUACUCGACAUCCCUGCUUGCUUCCGACCGACAUUCGCAAGGUGCGCGCGGUAGUACGACCAGAAUUAAGCACCUACGAGGACGUCGUCGUGUUCUCGAUAAAAGGGCAGGGACCGCUCGCCUCGCUUCUCGGUGGCGGUGACCACGAUGGUGACACCAUCCGAGUAUUCUGGGAGCCAAAGCUCGUGGAACCUUUCCAAAACUCGGACACCAAAUACGCAGAUUGCCCUUUUGAAAUCAGCGAUGUGUUUGACAAGUCCAACACGACAGUUGCUGACUUUGUUGCUGCACACAGCAACAAGAAGAAGAACGAACGUGACACGAUCCUCGUCAAGGAGCUCGUCGCUGGCGCUUUCCAACCAGCGGUUCGUGGCCUCUACGGCGUUAUGCACCUCUACGCGGCAUGGCAGUUGGGAACAUACAGCAAGGAAGCAGUUGAAUUGGCGCACAAGUUCUGUCAGUGCAUGGACGGUCAGAAGACCGGUCUAACGCUCAAGGCUCGGGUCCGAAUCAACGACAGUAAGAAGUAUCUGGGUGCUUUGCCUGAUUGGGCGUACGAUUCUACAGACGAGAGUGAAGCUUACGAUUGGUUCUCAAAGGAAGACUAUAGUCCGGCAUCGACGGCGAUCAGAAACGCAGCUCGGCCCGAGUCGGCUCUGUGUGCUUUGUGGAUUAAGGGGAAAGUACAGACGGGCAUGCUGAAGAAGAAGUUGUUCGAGCAGAUGGAGAAGUUCCGAGGCGUUGAGGACAAAGCCAUCUCGGGGCUGUGGAAGCAGGCACAGAGUCUUGGGCGCGUCUCGACGGAAGAGGAGGAAGUGAUUGGACGCCAUGUUAGGGUGAUGGAGGAUAGUUACAGUCGCACGAAUCGGAACACUACUGCGAUGAUCAAGAAACGGAAGGGCGAGCUGAGCAACAGUGCUACAAGCAAGACUGGAUUCAAGAACGACGGCCGGCAAACGAAAGCGCAACCCUUGCGUAGAGUUCAAUCCGAAGCCAACCCCUCGAUGUCGCAGAGAGAAGAACUGGGCGGAUCACAGAUGGAAGGUGAGGCUGCCACCUUUGCCGUCGACGAUCUGAGCAGCAAUGGCCAGCCAGAACGACGCGGAGGCACGAUCGAAGUGCCGACAGUCUUAGGAUCGGCCAGCGAAGUAGGGAGAUGCUUCUGCCAGUGGCCCGAAGCCUUUGCCAAGAAACACAUGAGCAAGUUGGAUGACGACGAGAUCGAACGACUCGCAAGGCUGCGUGCUUCGUAUGCUUAUUCGAUCACGUACUCUCACAGGCCCAAGUUCGCAUUCGAGAUGGCGUGGCGAUGGAUCAUGAGCCUCAAGGCGAAAGAGACCGGAAAUGCAGGAACAACGAGCGAUGGGCGUCGAUUGCAGGACCAGGCACAAGGUCUCGGCGGUCUCCAGGUACCUUUCUCAACCCUAGAUUUGCUCGGCUUGCGCAAGAAGAUCAUCACCCGCAACUUUGAAUUGACUCAAGGUCGAGGAGUAGAGAUCUAG